UUUGAGAGAGAUGAUGGCUGCGAAGCUUCAGAAAUGGCGAAAUCUGGCAGGUCGUCUAGAUCUGAUGAAUCGGAGCGGCGCUGUGUCGACGAGGCGGUUCCUGCACGAAGGUCCAGAUACCGUGGAGGAGCUUCUCGAAAGACAUCUAGCGAAGAAAGAGAAACCAAUAAUCGAUCACGAUGAGGCUGAGUUUCUGAAUAGACGGCGUCUGACGAGCACGCGCCGGGAAGCGUUGAGUUUGUACAGAGACAUAUUACGAGCGACUCGGUUCUUCACGUGGAUUGAUUCCAGGGGAAAUUUAUGGAGGGACGUGUUGAGAGAGAACGCGAGGAAGGAGUUUGAAGCGGCGCGAUUUGAGACGGAUCCGGAGGUUAUCACAAGGCUUCUGAUAGGUGGAAGCGACGCCGUUUCGUCUGCUUUAGAUAAGCUUGCGGAGAAGCAAAGAGAGAUGAUUGAGAAACAACGCCGUGGUGAUCAACGCUGAUUUGACGGAUCAUAGGGCAUGAAUGUUUCAACAGAAUGAUUCAUCGAGUUUAAAGUGGUUGGUGUUUGAAAUUCUUGCUGUAAAAUGGUUGCCAGAAGAAGAAGCGAGAUCAUUUAGAAACGUGCUUACAGAAUUUUGGGUUUGAUGUUUGAGUGUUGUAAUUCACUUGCACAACUUACACACUUCGUUUCUGAAAUUAUCAUUCAUGUCAUUGUAGAGUUUGUAUACACUGCCACAGAGCUAUAAACAAGGCUGUUGAUUUUAAAA